UUCUUUCGACUAUGAUGCUAUUAUGCAAGUAAUCAUUAUAUUUUACAUUGAAUAGUUCUAGCUAAGGCAACGGCAAAUUAAACUACACAUUUUUGCAGUAAAGUACUUAUUUAUUUAUUACAAAUGAGUUUCAAUAUUGAUGAUCCUUUAGCUGGAAUACUUAGUGAUGGAAGUGAUGACAGUUUUUUUGAUGACGAUAUACUAGGUAAAAAAAAGCCGCCAAAAAAAAUAGCAACGCCUACUGCUGAAAGGAAACACUCCUUAUUUAAUAUAGAUUCCGAAAAGUUGAGGGGUCCUAAUAAAAGUGAUAUAGAGAGUAAAAAUGACUCAUUGAUAGAUAUCGUUAAAAAUGAUGAUAAAAGCACAGAGUUUGAUGCCCCAAAUAAAAGUCAAGUAUCCAGAGAUUCAAUAAAAAUUGAAGCUAAGAAACCAGGACUUGAUAAGUCGGAAUUUAUUAAAUCACCUUCUAAAGCAAAGUUAAGUUCAAGCCAUAAUACACUUGAUAUAUUAGGUGAAUUGGGAGUCGGGAAAAAGGAAGCUACCAAACCGCUGGAAAAAGGAAAAAGUUCACAGUCAGUAUUAGACGAUAUUUUAGGAGGAAGUUCUAAAACUGUUUCAAGUCAAGCAACAAGACCUACCACUGCAGCAAAAAGUCAAGAGUUUGAUUUUGAUUCCAUUUUAGGGAAAAGUAGUUCUAAGCAAACAGUGUCAAAUGUAAAUGUUAAAUCAAAACAUACGGAUAAAAUUGAUAAUACCAAAGAGAGUUUACCAUCUAAGAAAAAACCUGCGGAAGAUUGGCUGGGUAUAUUUCAAGAUAAAAAUGAGGGUAUUGAGGAAAAUGAAGACGAUGGCGCAGAUAUGCCGACGUGGUUAGUUGGUUCGGAUACUAAAAAAAAGAAAUCUGUAAACAUAAAAAAAGCAACAGUGCAACAAGCACUUGAAGAAACUCCUAAAAAUAUCGAGAAAAUCGAAGAACCACAAGAAACGAAUGUAAAUGUCAAUUUAGAAAAUUCUAAAGUUCCUAGAGUUUCUACACCAAGCAUGUUACAUGCAGGAACCGAAGAUAUAACAACUGAGGGUGCAGCCUUAUAUUUACAACAGCAGGAAUCACAGCUAAUGAUUGCUUUGCAAUUAAAGGCACAGGAAGAAAAGCUAGCCGCCUUGCAGAUGCGUCAGAAGGAGAGCCAGAGGGUUCAGCGUGAGGCGGAAUUGGCGCAUCAUGCUCAAUUAGAUUCCAUGCUGCAACGACAAUCGGCCCAUAGGCAGCAAAUGCAAGCUAUAAUAUCUGCCCACCAAGAACGGAUCACACAAAGGAUAAAGGCAUUGUUAGGUACGACUAAUGUAGAAGAUAAUCCAAAUGAACCUGAAGAUAUACAGGAUACUACUCAGACAGAACGGAAAGAAACUGCACACAUGAAGGAAAAGAGACAAUUACUACAGUUAGUUCAGUCGUUACAAGAAAACCAUGAUAAGGAAAUAGAUCUCAUGGAGACGUCAUAUAGGCGCCAAUUAGCUUUUUUAGAAAUUUCUCUGAGUCAAUCAGAAGAAAGAAUGAAAGAAGAAAGUGACAAGCUGGUUAAAUAUUACUCGGAAAAGAUAAAUUGGUUAGAAGAGCAUCAUCAGUUAUUCAAAAAGUUGACUGAAAACAAUAUAAAUGCUUUAACAGAGCGUCAUAAAGUGGAAAAUGAAUUGCUGAGAGAGCAACACCUGGAAAAUAUAAAAAUUUUACAAGAACAUCACGUAGCACUUAUGGAGAAUAUUAAAAAAGCAGUUAAACAUGAACAAGCACUUAUUCAAGAAUCAGCGGGAUUCUCAUCCGAUCUACAUGAAUUAGUAAGAGACGUUAAAGAAAAUAAAUCCCAGUGCCAAAUUCUAGUAGAAAAAGUUAAAGAAAUGGCUGAUAAUACUCAAAAAGAUACGGAAAGAAGUUUACAAUCAAGAGAAAUACAAAUAAAUGAUAUGAUGCAACAAUUGAAAAAGGAACGUGAAGAUUUUGUAAGCGAAAAGGUUGAAAGUAGAGAAAUAGUUAAAAUGCUAGAGAAUAGGUUGAAGCAAAUGACAUCGAUAAUAGAAGAAGAUACAGCAUCUUUAAAACAAAGAAAAAUGGAAUUCGAAUUUGAAAAAGCGACUUUCAACAAACAGACGGAAUUUGCAAAAAAUGUACUGAAAAAACAAGACGAAGAAAUAAAGAUAUUAAGAGAAGAAAUACAGAAGGAGUAUGAAGAGAAAAUAACGAAGAUAGAGGAAGAAAAAAAGAAAACACUAAAGGACAGUGCAAUCAUUGCCAAAGAAAAAGCAUCAAUACACAGCAUCAAACAAGAAUUAGAAACUAUGAAAGCAGAACUUCAAGCUCAAUUAGAAGAAGUAACUGAGGAACGAUCGAAAUUGAAUGUUGAAAAGCAGCACAUGCAUAUGGAAGAACAACGGAUAUUAGCUAAGAGUCGAGACUUAGAUUUAUUAGCAAAAACAGCAAUGGACAAACAGUCACAUGCAGACAAAAAAUAUUCUGAGGCUGAGUUUUUGCAAAGAAAGUACGAAGAAAGAAUACGACGAAUACAAGAACAUGCUGUCUCGUUGAAUACAAGAGAGAAACAAAUAGCUAGAGAGAAGGUAGCAUUAUCUAGAGAGAGAUUAACUUUGCACAAUGAAAGGAAACAGUUGGAAAGUAGACAACAAUGUUCAUUAUGUAAAACAACUCAGAAUAUUACUGAUUAUACAUACGAACCUAAUUAUAACAUGCCAGAUACUUUUCUUAACGUCUCAGUAUCCAGAGAUUAUGGUGGUGCUGAAGUAAAUUCCGCGAUGAACGCAAUAGAGCAGGAAAUGGCGUAUCUUAUGAGUCGAAAUUUUAACUUGAGACAUAGCACAAGUGUGAAGACUGAUGAAAAAACUUUUAGUGAGAAUAAAUCGGCUACUGGUGCUGGCGUUGAAAAUAAUUUGCAACCUAUCCAAAGCGAUACGGGUCAUUUAAAGGAUUUUAUGGAUCCGAAGCUUAUGAUGCUGCGCUUAGAUGUUCAACAAGUUUUAAGUAAUUUGGAACAAAACAAAAAUGAUGACGAAAAAGUGGACAAAGAAGAACAUUAGAUAUAUCCAUAAGGAAAUUAAGGAACAUAAUAAAAAGACUGAAUAAAAUUAGAAUUC